AUGGACAUCACUGAUAUUCCAGAGAAAAGCAGUGAGGGCCACCCUUCAAGCGACAGCAACGCAAGAUGGCAGCCACCAUGGGCUCAGGCAAUUUAUGAAAACAGAAUAUAUAGCCUUAAAAUAGAAUGUGGACCUAAAUACCCAGAAGCACUCCCCUUUGUAAGAUUUGUAACAAAAAUUAAUAUGAAUGGAGUUAAUAGUUCUAAUGGAAUGGUGAACCCAAGAGCUAUAUCAGUGCUAGCAAAAUGUCAGAAUUCAUAUAUCAUCAAAGUUAUCCUUCAAGAGCUUCAGCGCCUAAUGAUGUCUAAAGAAAAUGUGAAACUCCCUCAGUUACCUGAAGGACAGUUUUAUAGCAAUUGAUCAAAAAGAAAAAUCACAGGCCCUUCCCUUUCCCCAACAUUUGGUGUAAGCAGUCUUCAUUUUCCACAGUAGUAAAUUUUCUAAAUACAUCUCGUAGACCUCAAAGUACUGGAAAGGAAGCUCCUAUUCAAAGGAAGUUUAUCUUAAGAUACUGUAAAUAAUACUAAUUUUUGUAUGUUUGAAAUA